AUGUCUUCAAAAAAUAACGAUGGAUUUGCGAUUAUUCAAGAAAAUCCUUGCCCAUCCCAAAAUUCUCUCCAGAAAGAAAUUGAUGCUUUAUUUGCCGUAGUAUACGACUUGUUAAAAACACUCCCAAUUGAUCUCAAAUUAUCAGUAGAGGAGAUUCUUGCUCCUCGUGAACAAAAUACAGAAAAACAGCCAAGACCUCAAAAUAGAUUUAUCCUCUAUCGCAAGGCAUAUAUUGCCCAUGCGAAAGAGGAGGAUCCUGAUCGAACAAGAUCAAUGAGUAUAGAUGAGAUUUCGAAAGAGGCUGCCCAAAACUGGGAGACAUUACCACGUCAAGCUAAACAAUUUUUUACCAUUUUGGCGGAAAUCGCCGAUAAAAGGCAUAAACAAUUGUAUCCUGAUUAUAUUUAUAGACCCCAAAAAAAGGAGACUAAUGAAGAAUUUGGCGAAUAUAUUGAUUAUAGCGAAUGCUCUUAA